AACGCGCGCUUUAGAGAAAAUUUGGGUAGAGGCAUUAUAUACAUAUAUUGGAGACAGUUCGCUCUCUCUUGCUCUCAGCCUCUCUCUCCCUAGUUUAUUUUCGGCUGAGGCUGUUCUGACUGCCGUAUCUUUUUUUGAACCUGACGAGCUACUUCGUUUCUCCGAACGCGCCAAUUUGUGGUUUCAUCGACUUGUGUAAGCUUUCGCGGAAUGGAGCUUGCUUCAUAAUAAUACUCACCUCUUCUAAGUCUGACUCAAUGGAUUCAGAAGCAGAAGCAGAAGCUCUUGAGGAGAAGUUGACAUCUUUACUUGGACAGCUCCAAACAGAGAGUGCCAUUCUGGAAAGAAUGGUUUACAAGAACAAGAACCAGCAUAGGCGUGGCUCGUAUUUCCAGUACCUUAUGAAGGUAAGGAGGGAUUUGAGGCUUUUACAAUCCACUAAACUGGAGGAGAUUUUGGGUUGCUGUUUUCAAAGUAUCACUGGGAAGAGACCUAAGCAAAAAGUACAUCUAUUAGAAAGCUUGAAGAGAAGGAAAUGUGAGAGUGGAAAAUAUAAUUUCAUGGACCGACUUCUGGGAGCUGUACGCCUUCUGUCACAGAUGGUUGAGCCAAUGUUGAAGGCAGCCAUCGAGAUAUCUACACUGCUCGCUCGAUCAUUUUUCAUGGGAUUUUCUCUGACUAUUUUAGCUCUGCUUGCACGACUUCGAGUUUUGGUUCAACAAAUUUUACUUGAUGUUGUCUCCGUAUUCAACAUGGUUUCUUCUCUCUCCCAAAAGAAGCAAUCCAUAAAGAUAAAUCAAGGAGGACUUGAGGUCUUUAGGGAGUUUUACCCAACAAAUGAGGAAUUUAUCAUUCUUGAGUGUGUGUUGAAAUCAGAUAAGUUUGAAUUGCUCGAGAGCACUCAUAAGAGUGAGAUUGCAAGUCAUGAUGGGGAUCUUGCUUUAGGGGCAUCAUCUGUACUAUAUCAAAGUGUUGAGUCUUUCCUGGGAGAUGAUGAAAAUAUUCCCCAGAUGGCAGAUGCAAACCACGCUAUUGAAAAAGUUCCAAUCCAUGUCACGGAGGAUAAGAUUGAUUUGUUGUCAGGCCUGUCCAACGACGGUACUGAUGGGAAGCUGGUUGAACGUUGUGAAGAUGGUUCAAACAUUGCGGAGACUCCUAGCAAGAAGCUUUCUGAAGAAGGUUGCUUGCUACCAGGCUCAAGCUCACCUUCAAGUUCCGAUGCAUCAAAACUGAGGUCUGGACCUGUUAAAGUGGCAUUUGUACAAGUCAAAAGACCUUUACCCUCAACAACAAAUACAACUGAAAUCCAUUUUAAAGAAACUGACAUCAAUAGCCGUAACGAGGAAGAAGAUCCCUUGUUCAGUUUGCUUUCUAGUGGAAAUGUAAAGAAUAGUCUCUUCUGAAUUGUCUUUUUUCAAUAUGAAAUUUUGACAUGAAUCGUUAGGGCAUGGAAGCUUAAGGAGCAUGAGCAUCCAUCUUCAGAAUUGUCUUGAAUUUUGCUCGUAAUGCCCAGUCCAGAAAAAGAAAACCCAAAAAAUGGGUUUUAUUUAUUUAUUUAUA